AUGCGGUGGCCGCAGCCGGCGCUGCUCCUCGUCGUGGCCGCGCGGCUGGCCACCGUCGCCGUCGUCGUGGUGCGGGGCGAGCCCCAGGUGCCGUGCUACUUCGUGUUCGGGGACUUGCUCGUGGACAACGGGAACAACAACGACAUCGCGUCGCUGGCGCGGGCCAACUACCCGCCCUACGGCAUCGACUUCGCCGGCGGCGCCACCGGGCGUUUCAGCAACGGCCUCACCACCGUCGACGCUAUAUCUCGGCUUCUGGGCUUCGACGAUUACAUCCCCGCGUAUGCCGGCGCGAGCGGCGAUCAGCUCCUCACCGUCGUCAACUUCGCCUCCGCCGCAGCCGGGAUCCGUGACGAGACCGGCCAGCAACUGGGGCAACGGAUCAGCUUCGGCGGGCAGCUGCAGAACUACCAGGCGGCGGUGCAGCAGCUGGUGAGCAUCCUGGGCGACGAGGACUCCGCGGCCAACCACCUGAGCCAGUGCAUCUUCACGGUGGGCAUGGGCAGCAACGACUACCUCAACAACUACUUCAUGCCGGCGGUCUACUCCACCAGCCAGCAGUACACUUCGGCGCAGUACGCCGACGUGCUCAUCGGCCAGUACGCGCAGCAGCUCCGGACGCUGUACAGCUACAGGGCCAGGAAGGUGGCGCUGAUGGGUUUGGGGCAGGUCGGGUGCAGCCCCAACGAGCUGGCGCAGCACAGCGCCGACGGCGCCACCUGCGUGCCGGAGAUCAACGGCGCCAUCGACAUCUUCAACCGCAAGCUCGUCGCGCUCGUCGACCAGUUCAACGCGCUGCCGGGGGCGCACUUCACCUACAUCAACGUGUACGGGAUCUUCGAGGACAUCCUGAGAGCCCCAGGGUCGCACGGUCUGACGGUGACGAACCGAGGGUGCUGCGGCGUCGGGCGGAACAACGGGCAGGUGACGUGCCUGCCGUUCCAGACGCCGUGCGCCAACAGGAACGAGUACCUCUUCUGGGACGCCUUCCACCCCACGGAGGCGGCCAACGUCCUCGUCGGUCGGAGGGCGGCGCGGCGCAGCCGUCCGACGUCCACCCCGUGGAUCUGCGCACGCUCGCUCAGCUCUAGUUCGUUGUAUGGAUGUCCAUGUCGGUCACGUGAAGACCAGCAAAGCUUAAAAGCAUCUUCCUCUUUAUUCUUUGUUUCCCCUUCUGGCCUCCUCGUGAUUGUAUUGUGCACCACUCGCAAAAGGGAUGUAUGGUCACUAUCCAUCUGA